GCAGAUUCCAGCGCGCGACCAACACCGCACUGCAAAAUCAACACACAUCUCUUUAUCAGUGGACUGUUGCAAGAUGCUUUUUCAGUUGGAGUUUACAAAAACGGAUUAACGCACAUUUAGACCUUUGGCUAGAUAAUUUUGGCUGGAUUUAAAUAAAACACACUUUUGGAUUACUUUGCACAUUUUUUUGGCGUCAGUCUCCGUUUGAUAAAGCAGGAGAGGGACGGAAAUAAGGAAUAAGUCCCAUGGCUUUUGGCUUUUAAUUAUAAGUGUGUCAAGAAGCAGUGGGGUCAGCGAGCACCUGCAUCAGUGUCUUCUGAUUGAGCUUGAUCUUAUUGUAAAGCAUGAAGCGAACCUUCCCUUCACUCCCGAUCUGUCUCCUUACAUUCCUGUUCCUGUCCCAGCAGUGCACAGGAAUCAGAUGGCUGUCACUAUCGCAGACCACACAACACAUCAACAAGACCCAGCACUGCAAGAUGUUGCCUGGCCUCAUCUCCUCUCAGGCUCAGCUCUGUAGGAGUAACCUGGAACUCAUGCAAACCAUCAUCCAAGCAGCACGGGAGGUUAAAAAGGUCUGCCAAAAGACCUUCACAGACAUGCGCUGGAACUGUUCCUCCAUUGAUGCUCCAAAAUUCCUCCCGGACCUGGAACGAGGAACAAGGGAAUCUGCAUUUGUAUAUGCACUUUCCGCAGCUGCUAUAAGUCACACUAUAGCACGGGCAUGCACAUCCGGAGACCUGAGGCUGUGCUCAUGCGGUCCGAUUCCAGGAGAAAUACCAGAGCCUGGGUACAGGUGGGGCGGCUGUGCUGAUAACCUGCAUUAUGGUCUCCUCAUGGGCUCCAAGUUUUCUGAUGCCCCCAUGAAGAUGAAGAAGUCAGGCUCAAAUGCCAACAAGCUGAUGCAUCUUCACAAUAGUGAAGUGGGCAGACAGGCUUUGCGAGACGCUCUGGUUAUGAAGUGCAAAUGCCAUGGUGUUUCUGGUUCUUGCUCCAUUCGGACCUGUUGGAGAGGCCUACAGGACCUGAAGGACAUAGCCAUGGACCUAAAGACCAAGUAUUUGUCAGCCACUAAAGUGGUUCAUCGGCCCAUGGGCACACGCAAACAACUCGUCCCCAAAGAUAUCGACAUCCGGCCAGUCCGAGAGAAUGAGCUGGUUUAUCUGCAGAGUUCACCGGAUUAUUGCAUGAGGAAUGACAAGUUGGGCUCUUUUGGUACUCAGGACAGGCAGUGCAAUAAAACCUCCAGCGGAAGUGACAGCUGUGAUCUGAUGUGCUGUGGCAGAGGCUACAACCCAUACUCAGAGAGAGUGGUGGAGCGAUGCCACUGCAAAUACCACUGGUGCUGCUACGUCACGUGCAAGAAGUGCGAGAGGACAGUGGAGAAAUAUGUCUGCAAAUGAGUGGGCUCUCCAUCUCUGCGGUCACCGCUGACAAUUGUCCUGAUCCCCAUCACAUGUACCUAUUCUCAGCUAAACUAAUAUAAAGGAGAUCUGGAAUGCGCUCUACUCAUUGCAACAGAACUGGACAGAAUUCUCAUUCGAAAUUCCCAGACUUUGUGGUUGAACGAGCUGAAAAUUUCAAAACUUGGUUCUGUUCUAGAUAUAUCCUGCCUGGGUGUGGAUCAUAACCUUUGUCUACAUGACUUAGUUGGCCACAAAUAACCAAAGCAUGUUACCAAUGAGGCUUUGUUUUGUCUUACUUUUCCAUCUUAUAUGCUUUUGAGAAGACAUGGUUUAUUUUUGGCUUUAUGAACUUUUAUAAACUCAGAAGAUGGACUUUAUUUUUUUAGUGCACAAAUGAACAUGGUUUUUGUCAAAAGCACCCAGCUCACCGUCCUCAAGAGGAUUAUUACUCCUCAUGUUUUUUUUAAACAUAAAAACAUAUGCUCCUUUAUCCAGAUCUUAAAAGUCUAUUUUGUUACACAAUUCUUGGGUUCGUUUAUUUGAAUUUUUUUAAAAGGUACAUUUUCCCUGUUUUUGGCAUUAAUUUCCAGCACUCUUCAUAGAACCUUCGGAAUCGCAUGACGUUCCAGAGGAUUCCACAUUCCAAGUUCUAAGAGAUUCAGACCUCAAUGCUCAGAUGGUACUUGAUUUUCACCAGUUAAGACUGUAUAAUAGACUGACGAGAUAAAGAAAGUGCUGAUUACGCAAAGGGAAUUUCAAAUGUGGCUUUUCAAAGAGGAACUUACAAGGCUUCCAUCUGUUGGUUGGUUACUUCAAUUCUAGGGGGAGAUUAUCUGUAUUUAUUCCACCUAUAUCAACAAGGACAUUGGACUGGACUGUAUGUGAUGUGCCUUGUUAUAAUUUUACCCAACAUAAAAAAAAUGCUGACUUUCAAAUGCCAAACCUCUCCGAGCAUGUGAACAGAAUAAGUGGGUCACCUAUUAUGGCCGUAAAGAGUCGUGAACCACUUAUCUGUGGAUGUACAUACUAUCAUUUUUGUAUGCUGAAUUAAAAAAGAAAUAUUUAUGAACUAAUUAAAAAUCUUUACCAUUUAAA